CGUGGAUAGAGUAUUUCAAGAUAAUUUGAAAGGGCUUUGACAAAAUGAUUAAAGUUUUUAAAUUCAUUGCGCUACUGCUGGUAGCAACUGUUAGUCCAAAUAGAGCUGAGAAUGGUGAAACUGGUGAACCAGUUCCUGAAGUCACCUUAUUUCAUGGUGGUAGCCUGAUCGGAAGUUAUAUGGAAACCACAAAUGGGAACAAAAUUAAGGCAUUCAGAGGCAUACCAUACGCUGAGCCCCCCGUGGGGGAUUUACGGUUCAAGCCUCCAUUGCCAGCGAAAACAUGGCGGGGCAAAAAACUUGCAAAUGAGGAUCAAAGUAUGUGCCCUUGCCAAAAUGCAUUCGAAAGGAAUUUCAAAGUAACGGGUGACGAGGACUGCCUUUAUCUUAAUGUGUACAUUCCUGCAGAAAAAACCGACCGAGAGCUGUUUUCAGUGAUGGUUUGGUUUCAUGGCGGCGGAUGGAUGACAGGAACGGGAAACUCCCAUCUAUACGGACCCCAGCGUUUAUUGGACCAUAAUAUUAUUUUGGUAACCGGUAAUUACAGGCUCGGAGCAUUCGGUUUUCUUAGCACAUUAACCGAAGACUGUCCUGGAAAUUAUGGACUAAAAGAUCAGUUGUUGAUGUUGAACUGGGUAAAAGAAAAUAUCGAGACAUUUGGAGGAAAUUCAAGCGAUGUAACUAUAUUUGGACAAAGCGCAGGAGGAGCAAGCGUUGGUCUGCAUAUGUUCUCACACUUGUCGAAAGGGCUAUUCCACAAGGCUAUACUACAAUCUGGAACUCCAUUUGGUGAGUGGGCUAUGGGAGAUGAAUCAUUUAUACCAGGUCGCGCCGAAAAAUUUGGACAAUUUUUAAACUGCUUCAGAACAGACGAGAGUUGGGAGCCGUUUGUUGAUUGCCUUCGAACGAAAUCAGCAUAUGAUAUUGCUGCAACCCUUCCGAAACUAUUUGAAUAUGAUAUCGACCCCUCACUGAUUUUUCCAGCUGUAGUAGAACCUGAAAUUGAAGGAGCUUUUCUAACGGAGCAUCCACGUAAAGUUGAAAUUGCACCAAGUAACACAGUUCCAGUAAUGGUUGGCAUUACUAGCGGGGAAGGGGCGAUGAAAUCAGGGCCUCUACUCAAUCUGAGGAAGGAGGACUUCACAUCAAGGUUCAGAGAAGUCAUACCAAUAAUCCUAUUCUACCAAAACCGACCUGAACAUAUCCAAAACGAAAUCACAGAACGCCUUGAUGAAUUUUAUUUCAAAGGAGAGCAUAAUUGGUCAAAAGACAACCAUCUCAACUUAACAAAUCUCAUUACAGAUAGUUGCUUCACGUGGGGUUUAGAUAGAUUUUUGCGGAACAGAUUUGCCGCAACUUCUGAAGGACUUGUCGCACCCACAUAUGUUUAUAUCUACGAUCACCGUGGACCAGUGUCAAUGAGUGAGUUUUUUUACGCUGGACCUGAAUACUAUGGAGUUUGUCAUACAGACGAGCUACCCUAUUUAUUCAUUUACAGAAUUCCCGAUGUUCACGCAGAUCAAAACGAUACUAAAAUGAAAUGGGCGAUGCCGUAUAUGUGGGCAAAUUUUGCGAAGACUGGAAACCCUACUCCCGAACCCUCGGAAAUACCUGAAUGGAUACCAGCAGAUAAAUUUCCCUUAAAUUACGCACAUAUUGGAAGGAAAACAGAAGAAGAUUGGACCAUUCUUUCCAAUGAGGAAGGUUUGAUGGAAGAUCGUGUGCAAUUUUGGAGAGGAAUUGAAGACCUUGAUCCUGAUUAUGCGUGAUUGAUUUUUGACAACAAAAAUUAAAUUUAGCGAAUAGCAACUUUAAGUGCAACAUUCUCGGUGCAAAAUCAUUUUAUUUUGUUCGCUGUCGAAGUCGAAGUGUUGAGGUAUUUGAUCCAGCCUUUGAAGCAUU